AUGGCCACAAUAAUGUCCCACAACUUGCCACUGAUACCGCUGCCGCUGAAGGCGUCCCUGGCCAAGGCGGGUCUGAUGAUGCCAGGCGGUGGUCCGUCGGGCGGGUUGCUCGGUGGCGGCGGGCUGAGCCUCGAACCGCGCUCACCACUGACCAGCGGGUCGCCGCCCGAGUCGGGCUCACCGGAAGUGGCCGGACCGGGCACGCGGGAGUCUGGCAAGCUGGAGCUGGAGCUGGAUGAGGCGGAUCGAAUGAGUUGCUGUAGCGACGACAGCGAACUGUCCGUCGGCCAGGAGGUCCCGGACGAUCUGAGGGCACCGGCGACGGCCGAGGACAUGAGCAACGAUUCGUCGCGCUACUCAAAAGACGUCCCCGAGCUGGACUUUGUGAGGCUUCAGCAGCAUCAACAGCAACACCAACACCAACACCAGCAACAGCAACAGGCAAUGUUGCGGCCAAGUCCGACCCGACUGCACGAAGAGUUCCUGCGCAACUCGCAGCUCUACGCGGAGGAGCUGAUGCGCCAGCAGAUGCAGAUUGUAGCCGCGGCCCGGGGUCUCACGAUGGCAGCGGGCAGCCCGGGGUCCAGCAAGAGCCCGCUGGAAACGACCGCAGCCCGCAGUCCGUUGCCGGGAGGCUUUCGACCGACCACGACGACGAUGGCGACGUCAAGGAGUGACCUACGGAACGAGAUCUACCGUCACGAGACGGGCUCCCCCGGCGGUGAAGCUUCCAGUAGCAGUAGCUUCCGGGGGAUCCAUUCGCACCUGAGCGCGAUAUCGGCCAUCACGCAGAACCUCAACAGUGACCUCUCGAAGCUGACGUCUCCGACGGCGUUCGCGGGCAGCAUGCGGACAUCCCGCGAGAGCUCCCAAUCGCCGCCGGUACACCCGUUCCAGCACCACUACCAGCCGCACCACCACCACCACCAUCCGUUCCACCAGCAGCCGCAUCCACACCAGCUGGCGUUGGCCGCGCUGAACAACAACAUCGCGAACGCACUGCACGAUCAGAGCCUUAAGUUCAGCAUCGACAACAUCCUGAAGGCGGACUUUGGGCGGCGUAUCACUGACCCGCUGCUGCUGAAACGGAGUGGCCCCAAGGCACCGGGUACGGGUCCGAGCGGAGGUCGCAAAGCGCACGACAAAACCCCGUCGGCAAUUGAUCUGAGCGGGGCCCAAGAACAGCAGCAGCAGUCACUAGCGCCCCUAGUGUCCGGUGUCGGUACUGUCGGUAGCAUCAGCAACGGUUCGACCGUCAGCAAGAGCUCGUCCUCGUUCUGCCCGCGGAGCAGCAGCAGUCGGGCCAGUUCCGGUUCGGUCAGUUCGGUUGGCAGUGUGGGGAGCGAGGAUGUGAGCCCGAUGUCGCCGCUUUCGUCGACCGGUUCGAUGAAGGGUGAUGGUGCAGGUGGUGGUGGCGCGGCGGCCUCAACCAGUGGGAGUUCCGGUGGUGGUGGUGGUAGCGGAUCGGCCACCGGAUCCUCGUCCAGUGGCGGUGGCAGCGGCAGCGGCGGGCCGAUGGUGUGGCCGGCCUGGGUGUACUGCACCCGCUACAGUGACCGUCCCAGCUCAGGGCGCAGCCCACGGACACGCAAACCAAAGAAAAGCCCGGCAGAGAAAAGCAGCGCAUCCCAGGCGAGCAGCUCCAGUUCGGCGGCAGCGGCAACGGCGGCAGCGGCAGCCCUGGCGGACGACAAACGGCCCCGGACGGCAUUCAGCGGUCCGCAGCUGGCCCGAUUAAAGCACGAGUUUGCGGAGAAUCGCUACCUGACCGAACGCCGCCGGCAGCAGCUCAGCGCCGAGCUGGGGCUGAACGAGGCGCAGAUCAAGAUUUGGUUCCAAAACAAGCGGGCCAAAAUCAAGAAGUCGUCCGGCCACAAGAACCCACUCGCCCUGCAGCUGAUGGCCCAGGGGCUGUAUAACCAUUCGACCGUGCCGCUGACCCGCGAGGAAGAGGAACUCCAGGAGAUGCAGGCGGCUGCAGCGGCCGCAGCCGAAUCGCGCACAGGAUCGGCAGGACCAGCGGCUGCUGCCGCGGCCGUGGCUGCGGCGGCUGCAGCGGCUGCCGCAGCAUCGGCGGCUAAUGCGUAA